CGCCUUUUGCCCCUCCCCCCCUGGCAGGUGUGCCCGACUGAUAUACCUAUAGUCCCUCGCCUGGCAUCGCAUCACUCUGAGGUGAGUUUUCCGCUGCCUGCCCUGGCUUGUGACCGAGGACGGGGCAUACGACGGUGCUGUGCUCGUACGGAUCCUGGGGAUCAUGAGAUUAGACCCCUUGGUGGCAGCUCUCGUCUUGUUCGCAGGAUCCCUGCGCUGCAUGUGGGCUGCCCCCAGCUGUGCGAGCAUGAGAUGCGCAUUUUGCGCAAAGGAGCCGAGCAAAAACAUGCACACUGCCCGCUGUCCCCAGUGACAUCCUCUCCCGUGUCCUUCCGCCCUAGUACAUCUCCCCAGUCACCUCGCUGACCCUCUUGCCCCUUCUUCUCCUUCCCUUGCCCGGCCUACCCCUCACCCGCUACCCCUCCCCCGCAACCCCGCCCACGCACGCUCAGCAGGCCUACUGCGGAUAGACACAGCAACCACCGAUAUACCCCCACUGUUAUCAUAGCCAUAACGAGGCGCCUGUACUCUACACCCCUAUAUCCAACCUGCCUGUAGACGCAGACACCUAUAAUCGAUAUCUGUAGGAUUGGCCGACUCGGCCUGUAGCCCCCAAAAUCGCAUAACGCAAACAUGUCUUCAACCACCGCUGCUUCCUCCGCAGCUUCAGCCACCUCUGCUACUUCCUCUGUGGCUUCCAGCGCUAGCGGCUCUACUACAGCUUCUGAAACGGCCUCUACAAGCACGGUGACCGAUUCCAUCGUCAACCAAACGUCACAAACAAGCUCGUCAGGUAUCAGCGGCGGGGCCAUCGCUGGAAUAGUGAUUGGAAUCAUCGGAGGCUUUGUGGUCAUUGGUCUGCUGUUUGCAUGGCAAAGAAAUAGAAAAAUCAGAGGAGAAAAGGCAGCACUACCUGCGCCGAGAGAUGUGUCCUAUGUCCCGCCAGACAUGCGCCAGAGACAGACGUCUUCCAUGUCGGGCCUUGCAUCUCUUGGGGGUCACCACCGUAGGACCAGCACCUACUCCUCUUGUAUGUCUGAAUGUUUGGCGACGUGCUAUGGCUGAUCGUGCUCAAGCAGCAAUGCUCGGGCCUCCUCGACCCUCCUCGACAUAUCACCACUCUGCCUCGCAUUCCCGUCAGCCAUCAUACCACUCUCCCAUGAUGACUCCCAACGCCAUGCCCGUCCAUGACGGAUCACCCCCCAUGGGCGCAUCUGGCUCUUCUCAGUCUUCCGAUUCGACUCCCCAGACGCCCGGAUCAGCAUCGGGCCAUAUAACCGAAGGAGACCGACCUCCACUUGCCCCGAUCAACACCCACAUCGGUGGUGAAAACGCCGUCGCAGGUCCAUCCAGAGGUGGCUCGCAAUACAACACCCCCGGUGGCUCUCCAUCCAAUUCUCCUCGUGCAUCUCUCAACGGACUUCCCUCGCCCAAUCGCGGUUUUGCGAGAUCCCACAGCCAGCGACCCAUGUCGAUGAACUCGCUCUCUUCCCGGAGCUAUCUGCACGUCGGUCCGUCGGGCGGUGCGCCCCAUCAGAGGCCGGUGGUGCUCGAGAUGCCAAAGAGGUUGGGCGCGAGGCCGGAUGGGAACGGUGAUUUCUUUUAUUCGGUAGGAAGAUUGCCGGAAAGCUCGUCGGGUCUGGGGCUGGAUGAGAUGGGCAGGGUGAGGAGAAAUUCAAGGCCUAUGGAUGACUACCCAACCUCUCCCCUGCGGUCCACCCACCCGGGUCCCCCAUCUGCCCGUCGACCACUCGCCACACCGAGCUCGGAGGCCGGCCCCAGUGGUUCCCGUCCCCCAGUGCCCCGGACAACCACCGCCCGUACAGAACCACCCGAAGAUCCCCAGGUCGUUUUGGGCAGGAGCGAGCCGCCUGUCUAGUUCUACCACUUGUCCGCCGGGGGAAGUCUGAUUUCUACUCUAUCCACGGACAGUAAUACCUUGUUACCAUAAUAGUGAUUUCCAUAUAAGUAAAUCUGUACUCUCGAUCUAUUAUACAUGUGUCCUGUUUCAAUGACGGUCCACAUGUGGCCAUGUCAUCCAUAGAUGAGACGCUUUUCACUUUUUCCACUUUUUUACAUAUCCACGUACACACAUUGCAUUGCUUCGGUAGGCCAGUACGAGACAACAGUUGGUAGCUACACAUGCAACACAGCAUUAUGGCGU